UCAACAUUCACUCUUGUACACCAAAACCAAAUUUCCAAUUAUCUCAAACUCAAAUUCUGUUAAGCCCUUCAAGCUACAAAACCCAUCAUCAUCAUCAUGUAACAAUAAUUCUUCAACGUUUUCGACCUCUCUCCCUCUAACUACCGAAAGGAAAAGAACCUGGCAUUCUUCUUUUCUCACAUUUGCUGUUGAUGAAUUUGGGAAUAUUGAGGAGGAUCCAAAUGAAAAUUUGAAUAUCUCCGUGCCUAUGCCUCGUGCCUAUGAUUCCCCUUUUGGUAUCUUCAUUUCAAACUUGCCGAGGAAUAUUGACAAUGGUCAGUUGGAGGAAAUUUUCGGUAAACAUGGUAAGGUUGAGAUAGUCCAUGAUGAACAGUUCAAUGAAUAUUCAUCAGCUGGCUAUCUUAUAAUGGCCGAUGAGACUGAUAUGAAUAAUGUCAUUGCUGCUUUUAACGGUCAGAGCUUGAACGGAACUGAAUUGUUUGUUUAUUCGUUGAAGGAUGAACGGUUUCGCCACUAAAAAGUAAUGUGUGCAGGAAAUUUUCAACUUUCAAAGUGAGUGUUACCUGAUUUCUUUCUUAAUUUUUAAUGGCUGAAUAUACAAUUUCAAUUUUUUGAAUGUUCCUUUUUGGCAGUUUGAUUUCAUAUUAGAUUUGCAUAUUUAAUUGGUACUAUUAACUUAUGUUCACAUAAUCACAUGAAAAUGAUUAUGUUAUGAUUCCAUUCCAACUCAAAGAAUUUUAAUGUUCAUUGUUGAUUUGAUUGAUAA